GAACCGGAAGUACUUCGUGCUGUUACAUCCUGUGGUAUAAGGAUACACAUUUGAAAUGGUUCAUGGCUUGAGACUUUACGUUGACUAAAAACUCCCAAAUGUCAGCAAAAUGAAUUACAUGCCAGGGACUGCGAGCCUCAUCGAGGAUAUUGAUAAAAAACAUCUGGUUCUCCUUCGCGAUGGAAGAACGUUGAUUGGGAUACUCAGAAGCAUAGACCAGUUUGCCAAUUUAGUUCUGCAUCAAACAGUUGAACGCAUCCACGUUGGUAAAAAAUUUGGUGACAUACCUCGUGGGAUAUUCGUCGUCAGAGGAGAAAAUGUUGUCUUGCUCGGAGAAGUAGAUUUGGAUAAAGAAUGUGAUCAAAUUCUCCAGAGAGUUUCCAUUGAGGAAAUUCUGGAGGAACAGAGGACAGAACAACAAGCCAAGCAGGAGUCUGAAAGACUGAAGCUACAGGCAGUCAAAGAGCGAGGCUUAUCAAUCCCUAAAGCUGACACAUUAGAUGAUUUCUGAAAGUGUAGUUUUUUUGAGGAUUUUGUUUUAUUAGAUUGUCAUGUUUGGUUUGAGACAAGGGUCUGACUUUAAAUUCACCCUGUCAUAAUGGUUUGAUUGAGGAGUGAGCCUCAUAAGAUUGUGACUUCACCGUUUUGUUUCUCAUUGCUGUUAUGGCACGUAUUGAGAGUUGCCCACCAGCUUUCUUUCUUUGUAUGGUCGAUGCCAUAUUAAAGCACUUAACCACCAAACUGAAGCACUUGGCAUGUUGGCUUUUAGUUUAAAAACUGUAAGCAACAAUAAUGGAAUACGAGAAGUUAAUUUCAGUGUUUACUAUGUUAUAAGUAUAAUGCUAUGUUUAAGUUGGUAUACUAUGUAAACUUACAUGAAACAACACUGAAACUAUUUUUGUUCUAUUAAACCUAUUUUAUACUGAU